GGCCGUCAAAUUAUGUAGCUUGCGAAUCCAGACUGAUGAGCAAUCUACACUAAUGACGUGAUGUACCAAGGCAUCUGUUUUGUGUGACACUGUUCGCUUCUCGUCGUCGACGGAACCAAAAAGCGAAGACCGACGGAUCGCGCUUGACCUGCCACUGUUUAUCGCUGGUUCUGGACAGUGUUUGCUCGUCAUCGGUCCGUGGGGCAGCACGCCACCGAAAAGGAUCUCGGCAGCAUGCUGUCGCGGACCAGCUUUCUCGGCGACAUCAAGAGGGAAAUCCCCUGCGUGGAUUACACGCGACUCGCAGCCACGGUCGAGAGAAUGGCCCUCAGGCUUAAGGCUUCCGGCGUAGACCUGGACAAGACAUGCAGCAAGACUGCGGACAACCUGAGCCGGUGCUGGAUUGAGGACCGCCUGUGCUUUCUGAACGUACUGAUGCGCGACGUUGGCAUGCACGUCUUCGAACAUGCUCCCGGCAAGUUCGCCCUGACCACUUUCCCGGACGUGUACACAAAUUACGAAAAAUCAGAGAGCACCCUUCUGGAGAGCGCCACCUUGGUCUAUUGGCUCCUAAAAGGGCAUCGAUGUGUCACGCGUCUGGACUUGGGUGACGCGGCAGUAUUGUUUUGCAGUUUCCCUGCGCUGCUCUGCAAAGCUCUCCGACAAAACAAAGGACUCGAAGAGAUUCGGUUUCACCCCAGGGACCUGAGGGGCGUCUGGCGCGAAACGCGAGCAAUGAACAUCCUCUCCUCCACCGUUGGGAAGUUGUCUGUACUACUGGAUGCCUUGGUGAUCAAUGAACUGGUGCCUACCGUUGUAUCGUUGGGAGGAAUAGCCGAGGCGGUUAGAAGAGGCAGAUUGCGUCGUCUCUUGAUUUCUAACGGUGCGUCGAGCAAGAUUGCGAGAAGGUUGUUCCGCGCCGUCGGAUAUUCUUCUUCCUUGAGCGAGCUCGAAGUCAGGUGUAACAAAAGACUGCCGCUAUUCAAUGCCGCCGUCUUGUCCGACGCAUUAAAGCGGAACAGAACGCUACGAAAGCUUACCAUAGAAUGGCUGGAAAAAGACGCAGUUGGAACGCUGCUUCAGUCACUAAAGGACAACGCUACGUUAGAGGAGAUGAGUCUCAUAUAUUCGUACGACGAGCCAAAUCACGUUCUUUGGGACGGCUUUGAGGCGCUGAGAGUGAACCGCGGACUCAAAUCUAUCAAACUCGUCGGCGUCGGCCUGGUAAACAGCUGCGCGUUAACCGUGGCGGGUAUUCUGCGGGAGAACAACGUGCUUCAAGAAGUCUGCCUCUCCGAUAACAGCAUCGGUGAUCUCGGAGCUGGAGCACUAGCCAAGGCCUUGCUGACGAACUCGACUCUAAAGCGCCUGGACAUCUCCGAGUGCAUGUGUAGUUACGACGGCUUGUCCAGCUUCGUGAAAGCACUCGCUCUAAACACUACGGUCGAGUGCGUUCGACUCGGGGACAUCGACUGUCCGGAGGACUGGACACCGAGCACGCCCCUUACCGCGAACAUCUGCGCUCGUCUGGACGUUACGUGGCACACGCGUGGUCUUGAAGACUGGGCAUCCUCGCUACCAGAAGGAGGAGCAAAGCACUUUCCUCGACUCACCGUCGGCUGGAACAAGGAUGCGGAGGGGUCUGGCGUUCACAAGUUGUUCUGUGCUGUGAGCGUUACCCAUGUCUCGAUCACAGAGCUAGUCGUCAGUUGUCCUGAAAGAGUCGCCGUCGGGUGCAGCGACGCUAUCGUGACCUUUCUGGAGAGAACGCACACCCUGAAGAAGCUUACAGUGAUAGUGAGGGACCACUGCUACAACUUCGUCGACGGCGUCAUUUGGGGCCUCGCCCGAAACAACAGCGUCAGCGAGGCCAGGUUCCGCGAAUGCUACCUCAUAGAUCAGCUCACCAAAGGUCUGCAGGACUUGAUGCGCACGAACCGGACCUUGUAUCUUCUGGAGUUUAAGGCUGUGUAUCUGAAAGAGCGGGCCGUUCGGUCACUGGCGGAUGAGUUACAGAGCAACUUCGUUCUCCUCACGUUCGACUCCGAGUACACGCCCGAUAUCGGAAUGCACCCCAUCUUCAGCAUAUUGGAUAGGAAUCACGCCUAUCUUUGUCGUGCUGUCGAGUGUGUGUUGAACUCUUCAGCGGAAGCAGAGUCGAUACAGGCCUUGCGGCUUCUCUCGACGGCUGAUUCGCUGCUCAAUGCGCUUGUUAAGGCUUCGGGUAAAGACCGUGAGGAAUGCAGAGAGCUGGUGCAGGAAUCUGUUCGCCGCCUAUCGUGACCGUCCAAGAAAUUAUGACGUCGCAAAUGUUUGAGAUAUAUGUGGUUUAGAAGACAGGAGUGCCCAAUGGAAAACAUGCAAAUAUUCGCACCAAUUUGCCUAUUACGCAGAUGCCUUCCUUAAAAGCUCUGUCAAUUGAAACCUCUCUUUAUACAGCAACAAGAGACAUGUGUGAGAUUCGAUGGCUGUUCAAUGCAAAACUGCUGAUUACAAUAAAAUGUCAAAGUUUUGAAGAAA